AUUACACAAAGGCCAUUAAUGGUUAAUGCGGUGUGUUCCCCCAUUAAUGCCCUCGCCCUCCGAGGAGCCUCCUUCGCAUACUGAGACGUCCAGCAGCCGCGAGGCAGAACUUGCAAGGACCCAGCGGCACUUCCCCGAAGCACCGAUGGACCGGUUCACUUACGAUUACGAGAUCGUCCGGCGGGGGGGACUCAUCUUCGCGGCGGCCGCCUUCCUCGUCGGGCUGCUGGUCAUCUUCAGUCGACGUUUCCGCUGCGGAGGGAAGCCGAAGGCCAGGCCAGCCGACGAAGAAGAGCCCUGAAGAGCCGCGGCGGGGCCCCCGGAGAUGGCCCCCGCCCCCUUGGCCUCCAGUCCUGGCGGGCGGGAAUAAAGAGUCCAGCAAGG